CGUGUAUUUUAUGUUUGGAAUGGUUUUCCGAUUAUUUUGAGUUUUUAAAAACUUUCAAAACUUGAAGGGAUUUUAUUUUGUUAAAUGCCCCCCUAUCGUGACGAGCCUUGCGUGACGCUUAUGUGGCAAACUGUUGGAAGUUGCUUACAGUGGAGGAAACUGCAUGGAGUUGACAACACAUCGCUUGAAAUAUAAAUAACAAAGGUAUCACUCCAAGCAUUUACUUUUCCUGAAUGUCAUCAUAUCGAACGACAUUCAUGCAAUUAGUGUCAUGUUGCUGUUGCAAACACCAGCGCGCAUCAGCUGCUUUGGUGUGCAUAGGGAUUGUAACUGUUUAUUAUUUACUCCAUCAAUACUUUGAUAAUGAAAUCCCCACAUACGUCGUUAGUAAAGAGGUUGCUGCGGAGCCGACAGCAAGAAGUCGACAACAACAAGAAAUCACCAACCCCUUUAAAAUCCGGUACAAACUGGUAUACAACAGCGAAGACGAACACCAUGCUAUAAUAUCUAUUACCAACACCGGGAGCGCGCCGAUCAAGGGACAGACAUGGACGCUUUAUUUCUGCAGCAUUAGACUAUUACACGGUCACGACGCGAAGGUCACUUUACACCACAUCAACGGCUGUUUACACAAGAUCGAACCUGCUUCUGAAUCGACAAUAAUCAGAGCUGGUGAAACAUUUCAUCUUUAUCACAAAGGAAACUAUUUUAUUGGUGGAAGAACUCACGUGAUGCCGAACUGGUACCUGGUUGGUCCAAAUAAUGAGGUCAGGCUCGUGCGCAGUACUGUUGGAGAAGAUCUAAGUUUUGUAGAAGAUUUCAAGACUAAAGAAACGUGGAAGCGCUACCGCUCCGAUGAGUACGACCCUUACUCUCCAGAGAAGCGCUAUGACGUCAUUGGGUUCGAUGCUCCUGAGGGGGUGGGGGACAGUCCUUUGUUGGUCAUACCACAGCCUCUGUAUGUUGAUAAGUUUGACAGGGCGAAGAGGUUGAAUCUUGGUAUGGGGUGGAGAAUUCAUGCUGAGAAUGAGCUGAAAAACGAAGCAAAGUUAUUGCAAGCCAGGUUCAAGAUUCCAGUUGAAUUUUCCACAUCUCCGAUGCAGCAUAAAGUGAUAAGUCUAAAGAUUGACAACCCGGGCAUUAAAAUGAAAGGCAUUGAUUCGAGCAAUCACGAGGCGUAUCUGUUAAAUGUGAACACCGCUGACCAAACAGUUCGAGUCGUUGGGAACUCCCCCAGGAGUGUGUUUUAUGGGAUACAGACUUUACUGUCACUCGUUGAUAAAGAUGACUCUGUUCCUGAAGUGUUCAUCCAAGAUUCUCCAAGAUACAGCUACCGUGGAAUGCACUUAGAUGUUGGACGCAACUUCAUGCCUAAGUCAGCGGUCUUGCGUCUCCUCGACGCCAUGGCAACGUAUAAAAUGAACAAGUUUCAUUUCCACUUGACGGAUGACGAGGGAUGGAGACUCGAGAUUCCUGGGCUGCCUGAACUUACUCAGGUGGGUGCGCGAAGAUGCCAUGAUCUUACCGAAACAAUAUGCAUUCAACCUGAACUAGGUGCUCUGCCCAACGGAUCUCCUAAUUACUACUCAGUCGAUGAAUACAAAGAAAUCUUACAAUACGCGAGUGACCGCCAUAUUCAAGUGAUUCCUGAGUUCGACAUGCCGGGCCAUGGACAUGCCGCCAUUAAGUCAAUGGAAGUAAGAUAUAAAAACCUCAAAAAAGCUGGUGACCCGAGUGCGGAAAAAUUUCUCUUGGUAGAUUUAAAAGACUCCUCGAAAUACCAAUCUGUGCAGCUGUUUAAUGACAACACUAUCAACCCUUGUCUUGAAUCAACUUACAAUUUCAUUUCACAUGUCAUUGAGAGUGUAAUGCGCAUGCACAGCGAAAUACAGCCGCUGACUGUGUAUCAUUUCGGUGGGGACGAGGUUCCCAGAGGCGUAUGGGAAGGCUCCGAGGCAUGUGAUAAAUUUAUGUCGAAGAAUCAAAGCGAAGAUCGCAAGGCAGUUAUAAAGGAAUAUUUCAUCGGACGCCUAGCAAAUCUCACAGCACAAUAUGGACUUAAACUUGGUGGAUGGGCAGACGCGUUUUUCAAGUCUCCUCAACAAGAGAUAGCAUUUCAAAGAGAUUCGUUUGGAAACAAGGACGUCAUUGCUAAUGUUUGGAAUAACGCUCGUACAGCGACAGGCGGCAAUGGAACUUAUGUGCUAGCUAAUGCUGGCUAUAAGGUUAUAAUGACCCAGGCCACCCAUCUUUACUUCGAUCAUCCGUACGAACCUGACCCAGAGGAGCGUGGGAACCACUGGGCGACACGAUUCAUAGACACCCAAAAAGUGUUUGGGUUUAUGCCUGACGAUGUGUACGCUAAUACUGGGAAAGACGAAUGCAAGAAACUGAAAGAUGGAUGUCUUAGGCUGAAGAAGAAAGAUAAUAUCAUUGGUAUGUCUGCCGCCCUGUGGACCGAGAUUGUUCGAACCCCAGACCAAAUGGACUUCAUGAUAUUUCCACGUCUGCUGUCACUCGCAGAACGAGCAUGGCAUAAAGCAUCUUGGGAAGAUAUCCGGGACAUGAAAGAACGAAACGAAAAAAUGGAAACAGAAUGGGAAAAGUUUUCUCAUUUUAUUGUAAAACAUGAACUUCCAAGACUCGAUAAACUGGGCAUAAAGUACCGUCUACCACUCCCUGGGGCAAGAUUCGAAGGUAGAAGAAUAAAAGUGAGAACUGCUCUGCCAGGCCUUCCAGUCAAGUACUCCAAAAAUGGCGGGAAAACUUGGCAUGACGUCACAGAUCAGACAGAUAUCGAUGGCAAAGUCUACCUUACUACAUGGUCAACAGAUGAUCGACGCAUGAGCAGAAUGAUCGAGGUCCAGUCCCCUUCCAGUGAUUGAUACACGGCCAAGCUGCAUGAUCCACAUGAAAAGACAACAUUUCAAGUCAGUAGAUUUAUACCAUAACAACUACUGGGAGUAAACAUGUAGAGACCGUUCAUUUUUUACG